AUGGCUGAGAGCUUCUCGAUGGCAGUAGCAAGCGAUGAUUAUGAUAAAUUGCAUGGAUAUGCGCGAGUGUUUUCCGAACUAAAUGAAGCACUACUCGAAUGUAUGCUAAUCGAAAUGACAUUCAAUAUUUGGUAUCGCCUAUCUGAGCAUCUCUAUGAACGGAAUGAUGACGAACUGAACGCCAAAUUUAGGCCCUACAUCGAAAGCGAUGAUUUUGUGGAAUUUCGUAUGCAAGUCUCCGAUACACUGAGGGAUGUUGUCUUUAUCGUUGGCACAGAUCGUUGCGUACAGAGUAUGCUUUCGAUCCUUCAGACAGUUUCAUCUGGUUCGUGGGAUGAAUCAGAGGCUGCGCUGUACAUUAUUUCCGUCAUUGUGCAUAAUGUCCUUCCAUCGGAAACAACACUUGUUCCACUUUUGGUACAAGCAGUACUGAAUAUGCCACUGAAUUCGCAUCCUAUACUAAUCCAUACCUCGGUUAAACUCCUUGGCAAUCUUAUUGAUUGGCUAUUUGAUAACAGUGAAUAUCAAGGAAGUUUUAAUUUAGAGCCCUGUAUUAACUGGUUACUGGACAAAGUGCAGAAACCCGAAUAUGUUCGUGUCGCCUCCGAAGCACUGAAUAGCAUCUGUGAGAAAUGUGAAAAUAGCUGCCUGAAACAUUUCGAUGGACUGUUUGGUGUCAUCCCAUUGCUGGAAAGUGGUCAAAGCAGAGGACAGCAAUUGGAAAAUUCCAUCCUGGCACUCCUCCAAGCUUGCGCAUCGAUGCUCAACGGCUUACCUGGAGAUGAGAUUGCAUCACGUCUAAGGCGCCUAGUUGAGCCACAAUUGUCACGAUUAGCUGCACUUCUGAAGUCGAUUCCGAAUGACCAGAACAACGAGGCUCAACAAAGUAAAGAGAAUGCGUCUGAUUCAUGGGCAAGUAUUAGCAGCGAUCCUGCGCUCUGGGUGGAUCGAAUUGCUGCCAUUUUUCGCUAUAUUCAGCCAUGGACAAACCAGCCGUGCAAUCCCAAAAACUGCGUUAAAAAUGGUAAAAAAUUUAAAAAUUUUUUACUAUCGAGCAUAGCGGCAAACAACACUACUCUGCUCAAAUCGCAGGUUCGAUUCCAUCGGUGGCAUAUCCCCCAUUUCCUUUAUGGUCGUUUUAUUCGUUACGGUGGUAAAUUGGUACUAGCGCAUGCCAGGGAAUCGAGAGUGUUGCUGGCUUGCUAAUU